AUGGCGGCAGCCGUCGUCGGGGGCAUGGUCGCCUCUGGCGUCAUCAAGGUGGUCAUCAAGCAGCUCGGCUCUGCCAUCGUGGGCAAGGUCAAGCUGCACAAGAACCUGACCAAAGACCUAGAGAAGAUGAAGAUGACGCUGGAGUCGGUGGAGGCCGCGCUCAGUGACGCUGAGACGCGCUCCAUCACGGACAGCUCGGCGCUCCUGUGGGUGAACCGGCUCAAGGCCGCCAUGUACGACAUCUCCGACAUGCUCGACGACUACGCAUCUGAUGCCGGCCUAGUAUGCAAGCUCGAAGCUAUGAGGAAGAAGAUUAAUAUGUCAGAUAAGAUGAAAAAGAUGCAAAAACGUCUACAGAAGAUAACAGAAGACCAUCAGAAUUAUCGUCUUCCACCAGAAUCUCGCACCAACGAGCAGCAAGUUCCCGAUAUCCGUGAAAAUGCAGGGAAUAUGGAGGAAGCAGAAAUCAUCGGGCGGACCGAGGAAAAAAUGGAAAUCCUGGCUCGUUUAUCUGAGAGCACCACUGAAGGGACCACCUUCGUUCCCAUAUGGGGCUUUGGAGGCAUCGGAAAGACCACCUUGGCAAAAUCAGUUUACAAUGAUCCUCAGUUUAAAAAUCACUCUCGGGUAUGGGUCUAUGUUUCCCAGAUAUUUGACUUGAAAAAAAUCUGCAAUACUAUAAUAUCACAACUAUCAGAAACAGAGAGCCAGCAGAUAACUGAUCUGCAUCGUAUCAGCAUUGAACUUGAAAAGCUACUUGCUAAGAAGAACAAAAUUCUGAUCAUUUUGGAUGACCUUUGGGAGAAGCAUCCUUCUCAAUUAGAAAAGUUAAAGGCUAUGCUGAAGCAGGGUGAGGGCUGCAAGGUGACGGUUGUAGUUACCACACGCGAUGAAGGGAUUGCAAAUCAGAUCGGUACCGUUCAGCCAUACAACUUGCCUCAAUUGUCAGAUGAGAUGUGCUGA